GGAGUUUGCAGCCCCAAUGCAUCUCUCCUCGUGUCUCCCCGGUUUCGGGAGGGUUUAUCUGUCCCGAGCACCCCGCAACAUGCCUGAGCACACGGCCGCCUCGAGGCUUCGGCUCUCCGGGCUGUGCUUCCUCCUCCAAAUCCUCACCAUCCUCCUCUUCGCCAGCUUUGUCCGGUACAGCCCAGAGAGCAGCCCCAGCCUCUGCUCCCAGCAGCUGAACUGCAGCUGGAGAAACCAGGACUUGGGUUUUCAGCAUCCCCGUUUCCGGGAUGUCCAUCUCCAGUCUCUCCUUGGCUUCGGGCUCCUGGUGGCCUUCCUCGGCCGUUACGGGCCGGGCAGCGUGGCCAUCAGCAUCCUCAUCGUGGCUUUUUCCAUCCAGUGGGCUGUACUGAUCCAGGGUUUUUUAUACUUCUUCCUGAAUGGCAAAAUUUACAUGGGAGCUCAGAGCAUGGUGAGUGCCGACUUCUGCACCGCAGCCAUUCUGAUCACCACCGGAGCUGUUCUGGGCAGGGUAAACCCUGUUCAAAUGCUGCUGCUGACCCUGCUGGGAGUCACCCUCUUCACCCUCAAUGAAUACGUCCUGCUCAGUCUCAUGGGGGUAAGAGACAGCGGAGGCUCCUUGACCGUUCACACUUUUGGUGCUUAUUUCGGCUUGAUGGUUUCACGGAUCUUGCACGAGCCUCAGAUGGACAAGAGGAAAGAGCAGCAGGACACGGGGCACCAGCCAGAUUUCUUUGCGGCGGUUGGAACCAUCUACCUGUGGAUCUUCUGGCCCAGCUUCACUUCAGCCACCACUGUCCGUGACAACGCCGAGCCCUGGGCAGUGCUCAACACCUACUUCUCGCUGGCGGCAAGCACCUUGGCCACCUUUGUCCUCUCGCCUGUCCUCCACGAGGAGGGCAUGCUGCCGAUGGUUCAGAUCCAAGAUGCCACCCUGGCCAGCGUGGCUAUGAUGGGUAUGGCUGGGGAGAUGCUGGUCACCCCUUUUGGGGCCCUCAUCGCGGGGUUUCUGGCUGGCCUGAUCCCCCCCCUUGGCUUCAGAUUCUUCACGCCCGUCCUGCGCUCCAGGCUGAAAACCCAGGACACGUGUGGGGUUCACAAUGUCCACGGGCUGCCGGGGAUCCUGGGCACCUUGCUGGGGACGCUGCUGACAGCACUGGCCACCGCAGAUGCUUACGGUGGCAGAUUAGAGCUCGUGUUCCCGCUGGUAGCCCAGGGCAGCCGGACGGCCACCGACCAAGCGCUCCUCCAGCUCUGCGCCCUGCCCGUCACCCUGCUGCUUGCCACGCUCGGGGGCUGCCUCACGGGUGACCGAGGAAGGAUGUGACCGCAGGGCAAGGAGAAAGGAGCUGGGCGCCAGCACCUUGGUCUAACCCUGACCCCGCCUGGUGAGGUCCUGCAGCAUCAGGCUCGACCCUCUGCCGGCGUCGGGCAGCUUCUGGCAGCCUGAUUUUCCCAGCAGCCUGAUCCAGAGCCAGCCAGGCUUGUCCCCAUGUGGGAGCCAGCCCCUGGUCCCAAAGGUUUUGGGAGCAGUCGGGUGCCCACGGGCCUUUGCAGGGUGAAGAGAUGCUGCAGUGAUACGGGUGCUUGCGGUGGGAACGACCUGGCUUGCUCCAGGGACCCCUCAGGCUGUCCAGACAUGGCUCAGCCAUUUCCCCUCUCUGCUCCAUGCCUCAAUUUCCCCAUCUACUGCUCUCCAAAGAGAGGAAGGCAAUGAGGGGGGCUGUGUCUUGGAUGGGGAGUACCAGGCUCCACAGAAAGCAGCAAAGACUUUCUACAGACAAUUUUGCACACAACAAUUAAAACACGGUGAUGUUUUGUA